GCCAUCAUAUUCUGCUCGUCUCAACCGAUUCACGGCCCUUUUGCUCUGCCGUCACCGCCGCCAUGGCAGAGUUUCUCGACUUAGAAGCGCAAGACGCCGUGCGAAUGCCAUGGAACGUCUUACCAGGGAUAAAAUCCGAGUCAGCUCAGUGCGUAAUUCCGAUCUCGGCAAUUUACACGCCCUUAAAACCUCUUCCUCCGACUACCCCAGUGUUGCCGUACUCCCCUCUCCGCUGCCGGAAUUGCCGAUCGGUGUUGAACCCUUUUGCUAUCGUUGAUUACUCCAACCCCAACAAUAAAAUCUGGAUCUGCUGCUUUUGUCUACAGCGCAACCAUUUUCCUCCCCAUUAUCAGGGCAUUUCGGAAUCCAAUUUGCCGGGGGAGCUUUUCCCACAUCUCACUACUAUUGAGUAUGAGGAUCAAAAUUUGGCGGCUUCGGCUGCUGCUUCCAGUCCUAUAUAUCUAUUUGUGGUGGAUACGUGCGUUAUUGAGGAGGAAAUUGGAUUCUUGAAAUCUUCUUUAUUACAGGUAUUAGGGACUAUGCCUGAGAAUUGUCUUAUUGGUUUGAUCACAUUUGGUACAUAUGUACAUGUUCAUGAGCUAGGGUAUGGGCAGAUUCCAAAGGUCUAUGUUUUCAAGGGAUCAAAGGAGUUAACUAAGGAGCAGGUGUUGGAGCAUAUGGGUUUCUUAGCAAAUAAGCCGAAGCCAACUAUCGGAGUUAUUGCUGGUGCAAGAGAUGGGCUGUCGCAGGAGAGUAUUGCUAGGUUUCUGUUACCUGCAUCAGAGUGUGAAUUUACACUCAGCUCGAUAUUCGAGGAGCUUCAAAAAGAUCCUUGGCCGGUUCCAGCAGAUCAAAGGGCUGCUAGGUGCUCUGGUACUGCAUUGAGUGUUGCUGCUCAUUUGUUAGGAAUUUGCGUUCCAGGCUCUGGGGCCAGAAUCAUGGCAUUUUUGGGUGGGCCAUCGACAGAAGGGCCAGGCUCUAUUGUAUCAAAAACUUUAUCUGAGCCAAUACGUUCUCAUAAGGAUCUGGAUAAAGAUUCUGCACCUCUCUAUCAUAAAGCUGUCAGGUUCUAUGAAGGAAUUUCGAAGCAGCUUGUUCAUCAAGGACACGUACUGGAUGUUUUUGCUUGUGCAUUGGACCAGGUAGGAGUGGCUGAACUUAAAGCAGUAGUUGAGAAAACUGGAGGGUUCGUUGUGCUGGCAGAAAGUUUUGGUCAUUCAGUUUUCAGGGAUUCUUUAAAACGUGUUUUCCAGUCUGGGGAUUAUGACCUGGGACUAUCUUCAAGUGGUAUAUUUGAGGUAAAUUGCUCAAAAGAUAUUAAGAUUCAAGGAAUUAUUGGCCCUUGUGCAUCACUUGAUAAGAAAGGUCCAUUGGCCUCCGAAAAUGUCAUUGGUCAAGGAAACACAACUGCAUGGAAGAUGUGCGGCCUUGACAAAACUACGUCGUUAUGCUUAUUCUUUGAUAUUGUCAAAAAGGAGAGCCCUGAUGCUAUUGCUCAAUCAGCAAACAACUUGUUUUACUUCCAGUUUUUGACAUAUUACCAGCAUAGCAGUGGACAAAUGAGGCUUCGUGCAACCACCAUCUCCAGAAGGUGGGUUGCUGGACCAGGAAGUGUACAGGACCUAGUAGCUGGGUUUGACCAAGAAGCUGCUGCUGUAGUUAUGGCACGCCAAGUUUCUUUUAAAAUGGAAACUGAGGCUGAAUUUGACCCUAUAAGAUGGUUGGAUAAAUCCCUGAUUCAUAUAUGUUCACGAUUUGGCGACUACCAAAAGGACAGUCCAUCUUCUUUCAGUUUAUCUCCUAGGUUUUCAAUAUUUCCUCAGUUUGUGUUUCAUUUACGGCGUUCUCAGUUUGUCCAGGUCUUUAAUAACAGCCCUGAUGAGACAGCAUAUUUCAGAAUGAUUCUCAAUAGGGAAAAUGUGGCAAAUUCAGUGGUGAUGAUCCAACCUUCAUUGAUCUCUUACUCUUUUCAUUCUGCUCCAGAACCGGUUCUCCUUGAUGUUGCUGCCAUUGCUGCUGAUAGAAUCCUACUUUUGGAUUCUUAUUUUACAAUUGUCGUAUUUCAUGGAUCAACUAUUGCUCAAUGGCGAAAAGCAGGAUACCACCAACAGCCUGAACAUCAGGCAUUUGCACAGCUGUUGCAAUCUCCCCGGGAUGAUGCUAAUUCUAUAAUCAGAGAAAGAUUUCCUGUACCCCGCUUGGUCAUUUGUGAUCAGCAUGGCUCUCAGGCACGUUUUCUGUUGGUAAAAUUGAAUCCUUCUGCUACAUACAACUCUGAUGCUCCUCCUGCUCCUGGGGGAGAUAUUAUUUUUACUGAUGAUGUCAGCUUUGAGGUCUUCUUGGAACAUCUUCAGCGGUUGGCUGUGCAAUGAGUUUCUUUACAUUAUUCCAGAGAUGAAUGUAUGAAGAUGUCUUGAGGUAUGUACGGCUUUAGACGCAUCUGCAACUUUGUUCAUGAGGCUAUUUCUAUUCCUUUGACAGUAAAGAGAGAAUUAUGUUUCAUUGGUGGGAGAAUACCAUGCCAAGUGACAAAAGGAAAUCCUGGUGAAAAGCUGCCUAUAUGAGAUGCUUUAACACUUCAAGUGAUGCAUAUCUAUCACAGAGGAAGCCUUGGUUAUUAAAAGAUGCAUGGUAACAAUUUCUAAGUCAUUUAGUCUUAUCACAUGAAAUUGGUAUGGUGAAAGUAGGGUGGAAAAGCAAAGAUGCAGCCAGAUAAAGUAUAGCAGAAGGUACCUCAUAAUUGGGAAAGGUGCUUGAUGAAAGUCAAAGUGAAGAACAAUGGGGUAAGCAGAAGUACAAUUUAGAUAGAGGUUGCAGUAGUGGUGCAAACUAUUCCUUGAUUAGGAGCUGAAGAAUAUUUUUUUUUCACAUGGCCAUUCACUUAAUGUGAUUUAUCAUGGCAAAAAUGUUUACAGAAUAUUUGCCUUAUCUUUCGAGGAAUCUUACAUGAUCAUUUGUGAAACCUUUUUAUACUUUUAAA